AUGGCUGGUACGAGCAUGGAGGCAGGCAGUAACCAACGUAAACAGAUAUGGAAUGCAUUAUGGAGGCUUAAUAUCAAACACAAAAUUAAAUUGUUCGUAUGGAAAUGUAUCAGGGGUGCUAUCCCAGUCAGAGAGGCAAUUUUCAAGCGAACUGGAGAAGGUGAUCCAGUUUGUAAAGGUUGUGGAGAAGAACCGGAAACAAUUGAACAUUCUCUUCUGCAAUGUCCCAUAGCAAAAGCCAUCUGGAAAAUAGCUCCAAUAACUUGGGAGGGGGCUGAUGAUCAGAUAGGAAACUUCCACAGAUGGUGGAGUAGGAUCACAGAGGCGAAGAAUAGACAAGAUGGAAGAAACCAUAUGGGGCUCACAGCUAAUAUACUUUGGCAAAUUUGGAAGGAUAGGAACAAAAGGGAGUUCGAGAACCAGGCAGGCUAUAAUCCGUGCAGUGUUAUUCAAAAAGCACACAUGGAGUGGCUGGAGAUUGUGGAGUUAGAUUCGAAGAAGGAGCCUCAGAGCACAACAGAAACAGCGGUACCAGUGGAAGUGGACAGUGUUGCACCAGAUAGCCACGAAGGGGUAAAUCUGAGAGUGGCAAUCAAAACCUCUAAGAGAAAUGCAGUACUGGGUAUUGGAGUUUCUGUGCGCAGAGUACCAAAUGAGGCACAGGAAGUAUGGGCCUUAAAAGACAGAAGCUCGGGUGACCACAUUAUUGAUGAGGCUACAGCAAUCAAGCUAACUUUAUGCAAAGCUUUGGACAGACAAUGGAGUACCAUCUCAGUACAUAUUCGUAACAAAGGACUGCUGAAGCUACUCAAGCUUGGUAAAGCUUCGGACUGCAGAAUGACAACACUGAUUGAGGAUAUCCUUAGCUUAAAAUCACUGUUUCGAAUGUGCUCAUUUUGUUUAGACAAUGAUGAUGAUAACAUAGAUUGUAACAGUGUUAGUUCUUAUGCCCAAGGCAUUUUGUUGGAUGAGGAAUUCCUUGUUCCUCCGUGUUCUUGA